AAUAACCACGAUGCGUUAAAGGGGCGAGUACAACACAAGCAAAUUCUCCACGGCUUGCCGGCCCGGCUUCAACACAAGUUGGCACCAAUACUGCCAUCCAGUAGCUGUUUGUUGAAACCGGUUCGUCUUUAGUGUCGUUUGCAAACACGAAAAAUAUAUCAUCCACAGUAACAAACAGCGGCUUCGUGACAACAGUAACCACUAAGUUCCAGCAUAAAAUUUGAACAGAUUGAAGGUGAAUUUUCACUAAAAAUAUGGCCCCUAUCACUUUAUAUACAACCUAUCGAACCCCGGCCGGAAGAGCGGUAGAGAUCACCGCUAAACUCAUAGGAGUAGAGCUGGACAUCAAGCUUGUGGAUCUGGUGAAAAAGGAACAUUUGACUGAUGAAUAUCUGAAGAUGAACCCUCAACAUACUGUUCCGACCAUAGUCGAUAACGGUGUUGCUUUGUAUGACAGUCAUGCAAUUAUCAUCUAUUUGGUGUCGAAAUACGCCAAAGACGACAGUCUGUAUCCCAAAGAUUUGGUGACGCAGGCACGCAUCAAUGCGCUGUUGCAUUUCGAGUCUGGAGUGUUAUUCGCUCGGCUUCGUGGAACGUUAGCACCCAUAUUUUACCAAGGAGCUCCGUCGGUGCCAGAAGAUAAGCUUAAUUCUAUAUACGACGCAUACGUGCUUUUGGAAGGAAUGUUGCAAUCGGAUUAUUUGGUUGGCAAUUCGUUAACGCUUGCAGAUAUCAGCUGCAGUACUUCACUGUCGACAUUACAUGCACUGUUUCCAGUAGACGCAGAUAAGUGCCCCAAACUGAUUGCUUACCUAAGCCGGUUGGAACAAAACCUUCCCAACCACAAAGAGUACAACUUGGAUCGUGCAAAGGCAGCGGAGGCUUUUUUCAAACAAAAGCUGAUCGAAAAUAAUAAGGCAAAAUAACUUUUUUUGAAAAAUUUUUAUGAAUUUGGAAGGAAGAAUUAAAAAAAUCCUAUUUGCAUUUA